AUGGACAUCUUUGUAAGGUUUAUAAAAGCAGAUAAUAUCGGAGAAGCUGAUCUCAAAAACUUAGCGCAUUAUAAGUAUGGUGCAAUUGAUAAAUCACCAAUAGCAAAUUACAUACUUAAGCAUUAUUGGAACUGGGCAAUCGAAUUGUUUCCCAGGUGGAUGGCUCCCAAUUUAAUAACUUUAUGUGGAUUAGGAUUUGUAUUUAUUAAUGUCUUAAGCGUUAUCUAUUGGAUUAAUGAUUUAGUAGGACCUGGUUUAUGGUUAUAUUCAACAUUUGACAAUGUGGAUGGCAAGCAAGCUCGGCGUACUGGAACUUCUUCACCUCUUGGCGAGUUAUUUGAUCAUGGAUGUGACGCCCUUAAUUGCUCUUUCAGCGCAGUAGUUCUUGCUGGCGUCUUAGGACUAGGACAUACUUAUUAUGCUGCUGCCUUCCUUCUCUUAAUAAUUGUACCUUUUUAUAUGUCUACCUGGGAAGAAUAUCACACCGGAGUAUUAUAUCUUGGGUACUUUAACGGUCCCACAGAAGGUGUCUUGGGAGCUUGUAUAUUAAUGAUAAUCUCUGCAAUUAGGGGUCCAGGAUUAUGGAUGGAAGAAUUGCGAAAUGUAAUGAAUCCUGUGCCUGAAUUCAUUCCACCUAACUGGUGUUUGGUAGAUUUGAUCCUCAUUUUCACGUUUUUAUCUGUAGUGGCGCUACAUAUUCCAAACAGUAUAUAUAAUGUAUACUUAGCAUGUCGUGAUAAAAAUGAAUCAUUCCGCACAGCUAUUUCUCAGCUGUUCACAAUAGCUUUAUAUUCUGUGAGCGGAAUCUUUUGGAUCACAUCACCUCACUCAUAUAUACUAAAGCAUAAACACUUCAUUUUGUUCGCACUUACAGUUGGAGUGGUAUUUGGUCGUAUCGCGACUAAAGUUAUAUUGGCGCAUUUGACAAAAAAACCAUUUCCAAUGUAUACUGUCCUUUUGGCUCCAUUGUUUAUAGGAGCUGUUUUGACAAAUAUACCGGAGCUUUUUAACACGUAA